CUUCUCAAGAGUCUUGGAAGGCUUCGGAGCCCUGAUAUCAAAUGCAUGAUCGUCGAGGAGGGGCGGACACCUCCAAUUGUCACGACAGCGCCUCAGCAUCUAUCGAUCUUUGCGUUGAUACGAACCUCCGGUCCUUCGUUUCUCCGCCUGAGACAGUCGGGACAGGAACAGUGGGGAGGAACGGCAUUGUCCAUGUUCCCUGUCAUAUCGUCUCGCUAGUACACUCCCAGUGCGCAUCUAUCCUAUGCCGCUCAACCGUCCCACGGAUGGGAUGCCCUGGAUUUACUGACAGAUUGCGCCCGAUUAGGCCAACUAAGAUUGACCCCCCAUUGAUUACACGCCGGUCAUCGGCUCCGCACUUAUAAAGGAACAAGCCAACAUUCGCUAAUCGCCGUUCCAUCUGUCCUCCCCACUUGCUUCCUCCACUCACCGUCCUACUCCACUUGGGCAGGCAUGUCGAGCACAAGCCACUCGAACGAGAAGGAUGGCUUCGACGGCGACAGCAAGAAGUCUCAUGACGUCGCGGUGGUCGACGAGCGGGACGUCAAGAUCGACGUGAACACCGGAUUGUACGACGGUGUGCAACGGAAUAUGAAGCAGCGGCACAUUCAGAUGAUUGCCAUUGCGGGGACGCUGGGCACUGGACUUUUCUUGGGUUCCGGAAAGGCCAUUGCACACUCUGGACCUGCGGGUGCUCUAUUGGCCUACGUACACGUUGGCACAAUCACCUACUGCAUGCUCAUGUCCCUAGGCGAGAUGAUGUGCUACAUGCCUAUCUCAGGAGGAUAUAUCCACCUGGCUGAACGCUUCAUUGAUCCUGCAGUUGGUUUCUCACUCGGCUGGCUGCAGUGGUACGGUGGUGUGGUGUCCCUUCCCACCGAGAUUAUUAGCGCCACGCUUGUUAUCGGCUUUUGGGACAACCCGAUGCCCACGGCCCAUCUGGCUGGCUUGAUCACACUCCUCCUCUUUUUGUGCGCGGCGAUCAACUUCCUCGGCGUGCGCUGGUUCGGUGAAUCCGAGUUUAUCUUCGCAAUGAUCAAAAUCAUGCUCGUGGUCGGAUGUAUAGUUGGGGGACUGGUCAUCGAUCUUGGGGGUGGACCCAACGGUGACAGAAUCGGAUUCCGAUAUUGGAAGGAUCCCGGUGCCUUCGCACCCCUCAUCGUUUCCGGGAACGUCGGCCGCUUCGCUGGCUGGUUUACCACGCUCCUCCAGGCCGCUUACUCUUACAGUGGCAUGGAGGCUCUCUCGAUGACCGCUGCGGAGGUCGAAAACCCACGCCGGUCCCUUGCAAAGGCAGUGCGCCGGGUGUUCUACCGCAUCAUGUUAUUUUAUGUCUGCGGAAUCCUCAUCGUCGGCAUGCUCGUCCCCUUCAAUGACUCUCAUCUGCUCCAGUCAACCGGUACAGCCGCCGACUCGCCAUUUGUGCUUGCAAUGACGCGUGCCGGCGUUAAGGUCCUUCCCUCGAUUAUCAACGCCGGCGUGCUGACCUCCGCGUUCUCCGCGGGCAACAGCGGGCUGUACGGCACGUCCCGCAUGCUUUAUGGGAUGGCUGUCCGCGGGCAGGCACCGCGGAUCUUCGCAAAGACGACCAAGGGCGGACUGCCCAUCGCCGCCCUCGCGUUCUCGAGCAUGUUCAUCGUCCUCGCGUACAUGGCUGUGUCCAAGGGCGCAUCGACGGCCCUCAAUUGGCUCACGAAUCUAACGACCAUUAUGGCUUUUGCGACCUGGGGUAUUAUCUCCUGGGUCUAUAUUCGAUUCUACAACGGCCUCAAGGCGCAGGGUAUUGACCGCACCAAGUUCGUCUACUGGAACAGAUUCCAGCCAUGGCCUGCGUACUGGUCGCUCUUCUGGAGCGUUGUGAUCCUCGUGUUCAACGGCUUCCAUGUGUUCAUCCACGGCCAGUGGUCCACGACAGACUUCAUUAUCGCUUACAUCAACCUGCCCAUCGCCGCGGUGCUCUACCUCGCGUACAAGUUCAUCCGCAAGACUAAGAUGGUAAGCCCGGAGAAGAUGGACUUCUAUUCGAACGUGCCGCCUCCCGAGAUCGAUGCGGAGGAGGAGUCGCCGGCAGGGAUGAGUCCUCUUGGGAGAUUGGCGAGAUGGUUGUUCUGAGUUGUGUCUUGUAUCCUGUAUUUACUCCGUUUCCAUUUGUGUAUUUAUAACUUCUACCCUUCGAUCGGAUUCAAGAAACUCGCGCCGUCAUUGGCUAGGGCGAACAACACAUGUUGCCAAGAAGGCCCCAGCAGCGGACUGGUAACCUACAUUGGCUCGAGGAGCUCGAGGAGCUCAUGGUACUGGGACCUUAACAUCUUCUGAACAUUGUUGGUCUUGAAGAACACCACCACCGGUCCUGAACUGCCGCCAGUGAAGAUCUGCAGACUUCGUC